AUAAAAUUUUAAGGUGAGUAAUUAUACUGUAUACAAUUGAGAUACAAAUAAUAUAAAAUCGCACCAUGUGAUGGCUUUCCUUGUCAAAAGUGUGGAUUUUUUUUCAAAAGAAUCAAACACUAAAUUAAGAAAAUUACGUACUACUUUUCAAUUUCUAUAAAGUUACAAAACUAUUUAAGAGGUGCUUUCAAUUUUUGGCACCAAAAGUGCAAACCGUACGAAGCACGCUUAGACAAACGUAAGAGUAAAUAUUUGGAAGUCAUUUAAAAAUGGCGGCAAAAUUUGAAACUCAAAAUUGUGGUCCAUUAAUCUCCAGCAUUCAUUCUCCCGCAAGCUUCUCCUAAAAUAUUCAAAUAUCGCGGUCUCUCUUUUUAAUUCAAACCUAACACUUUCCCCUCUGCCGUCUUUAUAUAUCUUCACAUUCCCCACCAUUUUUACCCAUCGCCCAAUUCUACUAAACCCUAGAAAUCAAUUUCCAAAAUUCCAGUAACAAAAAUGCCUUUAAUUCCAGAAGAGCCUUUGCUUGCUUCUAACCCAGAUCGAUUCUGUAUGUUCCCAAUUCAGUAUCCACAGAUUUGGGAAAUGUAUAAGAAAGCCAUGGCAUCUUUUUGGACUGCUGAAGAAGUCGAUUUAUCGGCCGAUACCCGUCACUGGGAAAAUCUGACGUCCGGUGAAAGGCACUUUAUCACUCACGUGCUUGCGUUCUUUGCAGCAUCGGAUGGUAUCGUUUUGGAGAAUCUCGCUGGGAGGUUCAUGAAAGAUGUGCAAGUUGCUGAGGCGCGUGCUUUCUAUGGAUUUCAAAUUGCUAUUGAGAAUAUCCAUUCUGAGAUGUACAGUUUGCUGUUGGAGUCGUACAUCAAGGAUUCUGAUGAAAAGAACAGGUUGUUCCGCGCAAUUGAGACUAUCCCUUGUGUUGAGAAGAAGGCGAAAUGGGCUCUCCGUUGGAUUGAAGGUUCGGAGACUUUUGCUGAGCGUUUGGUGGCUUUUGCUUGUGUUGAAGGGAUUUUCUUCUCUGGAAGUUUCUGUUCGAUAUUUUGGUUGAAAAAGAGAGGGUUAAUGCCUGGAUUAACCUUCUCAAAUGAGUUGAUUUCGAGGGACGAAGGUUUGCACUGUGAUUUUGCUUGCUUGCUUUACAGUUUGCUGAGGACGAAGCUGUCCGUGGAGCGAGUGAGGGGAAUUGUUGCUGACGCCGUGGAUAUAGAAAGGGAGUUUGUGUGUGAUGCCUUGCCUUGUGCUUUGGUGGGAAUGAAUGGAGAUUUGAUGAGUAAAUACAUUGAAUUUGUGGCUGAUAGAUUGUUGGACGCUUUGGGUUAUGAGAAGAUGUAUAAUGCACAGAAUCCAUUUGAUUGGAUGGAGCUGAUUAGCUUACAAGGGAAGACGAAUUUCUUUGAGAAGAGAGUUGGGGAGUAUCAGAAAGCUUCAGUUAUGUCUAGUUUGAAUGGUAAUGGUGAUACCCAUGAAUUCAAGCUGGACGAAGACUUUUAGAUUUAGUAUGAUAGGUGUAUUUUUAUUUUUUUAUUUUAAUUAUGUUGGUACAAUUAGAUUUGUGUUGUUCUUUUGAGUCCACUUAUAUACGUUUGUUUUCUUAUUAAUAUCAGUGUGGGUGUUGUAAUAAUAGGUCUUUAUGUUUGUUCAUUGUCCCAGUAUGAAAUGAGCUUUCCCAAUCGUUACAGUUC